AUGGCGGGAGUACGCCUCUAUAGGGUCGCAUUUCUGAUUGGGGUCAUCGCUGUCCUCCAGAUUCUUAGCCAGAAGAUUCUCUCCAGCAAAAAGAGAUGUGGUGACCCUCAGUGUGAGAGUUUGAUGAUGAGAGUUUCAGCAAAACAAGAUUACACCGGACCCGACUGUCGAUUCCUGAGCUUCAAAGCCGGAUGGGAGAUCAAUGUGUAUUAUAAACUUGCUGAAGGGAGAGAAGACCUAUGGCAAGGCAGCACAGGGAAAGCAUACGGCUUCUUUCCCAGAGACAUUGUCAACGUAGAAGAAGUCUAUCUGUCGGAGGAAGUGGAGGUUCCAGCAAAGGAAAUCGAUUUUGUGUGUCUGGAUGGAGGUGAAUAUUUCUUCGAGAAUGAAGACAGCGUUCUGCAUUCGUCUAGAGAACAUGAAGAAGACUUUAUGGAACAUACAGGAGGUGGAAUCUCUACUGAGGAUUUACAAGAAGACAUCAACCUUAAAGAGCCAGCUCAAGAAGUCACAGACAAACCACCUUGGGCUCCAUCUGGCAUUGCAGGUUGGUUUGGUAUGGGAGGAACCCAGGAUAAACAAGACAACACAGAUAAUGCAGAACAUAUAGAAGAAGAGGGUCCUGCAGAACCAAUGCUAGAAAAUAAUGGGGAACAACCCAAAGAGGCUGAGGACUCUCAGCCAGAAAAUGCUGGCUGGUUUGGUGGCCGUCUCAAAGGUCUUCUGCCCUUUGGAGGGAAGGACAAGCAGGAUGACACAGAAGCAUCAAUCGACACAAGCCAAUCUGCGAGUGAAGAGUCUGUGGUUGAAACAGAAAAAGAAAAUACUUCCUCAAAUCCUCAAGAUGUUGAGCAAGACAACAGAGAAACCAAAAACAUUGAGGAGGCAAAAGCCAAAUGGUUCAACUUUGCCAUCAAAGAUGUUUUAAGUUUUGGGGCCAAAAAUGAAAAAAAGAAAGGGGAGUCAGAGGACCCGUCCCAGAGUGUGGAUGAAACUGAAAGCAGUGAGAUACCAAGACAAAUGGAUCUCAGUCAAGGUAACUCCACAGAAGGUGAUGCUGAACAUAAAACAGAUACCUCAGUAGAGGACCCACCAACAAUGGAAGAGACAAAGCAUGACACGGAAUUAAAGUUGGAUAUUAACAUAGAACAUACUACAGUAUACAAUGAUAAAAGUGAGUCUGAUGGGUCCAAAGUGGGCAAUACUGAUGUUGUUUUUGAAGCUCUGGACCAACAGGAAUUAAAUAGAAUACCAGACAAAGAAAAUAAUAUAAAGUUCCAAGAGAAUCCAGAGGUUCCCAAGCCUUUGAAAACCAAUCAUGAACCAACCCACUGGUUUAAAUCCGUUGUGUCAAACGUUACGGAUUUAGGGAAGAGCGACAGAGACCAGGGGGAGACAGAACAAGCAAAAUUUGGGGAAAUAAAUCAUGAUAAUGGCUUAUCAGACACAACUCUAUACACACCGAAUAAUAACCAUAGUCCCAUUUCUGGUGAAACUGAGCCUUCAAGAGAAGGUAUUGUGACAACAAACACCGAUGAACAUGACCAAGAUAUUAAUUCAGACGAAUUGUCAGAUAAUGAGAUUGCCAAUGAAUCUGAAAGAACACUCAAAGACAACAUUGUAACACAGCUCAAUAAUGACCCAGCAAUCCCCAUAGUCCGGUAUCAGAAGUAA